AUGUGCAGGAUCUGGGAAAUCAAAGAGUCUGCAAAAUCUAACGAUGCAACUAAGAAAGUGUUGUAACCAUCCCUAUCUUUUUGUUGGAGGAGACUACAAUAUGUGGAAGAAACCUGAGAUUGUGAGAGCUUCAGGGAAAUUUGAACUCCUUGAUCGUCUCCUUCCAAAACUGCGCAAGGCUGGACAUAGAAUUCUUCUCUUCUCCCAAAUGACCCGUCUUAUUGAUGUUCUUGAGAUUUACUUGACACUUAAUGAUUAUAAGUACCUUAGACUGGAUGGUACCACAAAGACAGAUCAAAGAGGGCUUUUACUGAAGCAAUUCAACGAGCCAGACUCUCCAUACUUCAUGUUUCUUUUGAGCACGCGUGCUGGAGGUCUAGGUUUGAACUUGCAAACUGCAGACACUGUUAUUAUUUUUGACAGUGAUUGGAACCCACAAAUGGACCAACAGGCUGAGGAUCGAGCCCAUCGCAUAGGGCAAAAGAAAGAAGUCAGAGUGUUUGUUUUGGUUAGCGUUGGCUCUGUUGAGGAAGUAAUAUUGGAGCGUGCAAAACAAAAGAUGGGCAUUGAUGCCAAAGUCAUACAAGCUGGACUUUUUAACACAACUUCCACUG